AUGCACUUCUUCAAGACUAUCGUUCUGCUCCUUGCUCCCAUCGCACUUGCUGCGGAGACUGUCACCGCACCAGCCGUCACUGUCACCAAGACUAUGACCCUGGUUCCCUCGGGCUACACGACUCCUUGCCCAACUUCGACCUCGACCUCGACCCCGAUCUCGACUUCUACUCCUCUGCGCACUAGCACUCCUUACACCCCGAGUCCUAGCGCUACCCCUAGCUUCAGCUUCAGUGUCAAGCCCAGCUCCACCCCUCUGAUCAAGGCUACUUCCGCCCCCAUCGAGGCUGCUGAGCCUACCCAGGCUGGCUCCACCGAGGCUUCCCAGACCGCUGCCGCUUCUGCCGCCGCUUCAUCCCCUGCUACCGGUGCCGCCUCGCGCCAGCUUCCCGGUGCCGUCGCGGCGGGUGUUCUCGCUGUUGCCGGUCUGCUGAUGGUCUAA